ACAUAUAUUUCAACUCAGCUGUUGUAAAUUAGGUAAUAUUUUACUUCGUUUUAUAAAAAUGAGUGGGAUGCAUACUUUUAGUUUUAUUAUUUAUCUCGAAGGAAACGAAAAUAUUUAGUUGUUUGUGAAUCAAUAGACCUUAACACCGGAUCAUCAUGCACUCUUAAAUCUGUUUACUUGUAUAGUAUAGACUGCCGGUUUAUCAGUUGCAUAUGAUCAACACUAUUUUAAUUCAAUAUAGUUGAAAACAGUUGAUCAGAAGGUCGGAUGUUCGUGAGGACUACGUAAUUCGGACAUACUGACACUCUUCGGGACCAACGGAAUUCAUAUCGGACUAAGAAUGUGGCCAACUGGACGAAUCAUUGCAGCUUUCUGCUUGCUCAAAUUCAGCACGGCAUACCCUUACUUUCGGGACAAAAUACCAAAUGGCCAUAUAGUAGCAAAUCCGUGCGAUAAGUCUGAGAUAUGGUUUGGGGUUGGACAUAUGCAGAGAUAUGGAAAUGGAGAACUCGAUGUAUUUGGACAUGACUUCCAAAAGCUUGGAAUGGAAUGGACAAAAGCUCUGUGCAGGAUGGAUUCUGACGGUGAUGGUUUUACAAAUGGUGAGGAACUAGGUGAUCCGAACUGCGACUGGGUCCCGGGCGGCAGCCCCUUGCACUCACAGGGCAUCACACAUCCCGGUGUCUGCACUUAUUCUACUGGCCACGCAUGCGCUAAGCCAGGGUUUGAUCUUAAGUGUGAUGGGUUUCAAUGUGCGGCAAAAGCAGGAACUAAGGAACUCGAAAUAAUGUUCAGCGAAACUGAUGUACCACAGCAGCCCAAGACAUACAAGUGUCAGGCAUUUGCUCUACCUAUAGGCAAAGACUACCACCUUGCGGCGGUCACACCUAACAUUAGCAACAUCAAUCACGUACAUCAUAUGACCUGCCAGAUCGAGUUACGACACACAAAUGCACCACACGAAUGCACGAUUGGCGAUAGAGCAUCUUGUAGUGACCCACUAUUGGUGUGGACCAUAGGUGACCUCGGCGUUUGCUUCAGCAACGAACAAGCGGCUUGGCGUUUGGGAAAAACUGGAUACAAAUAUGUUAUGAUAGAGACACUUUAUUACAACGAAAACCUAGAAAGCGGCGUGUUCGAUGCAUCCGGUUUGACGUUGCAUUAUACCGAAUCUUUACGACCAAAUGACCUUGGAGCCUUCUAUGUGGGACAAGUUUCAUUGGUUUAUAUUCCACCAGGAAAGAGAAGUUUUGAAGUCAGCGGGGUGUGUAAGGGAUACUGUAUCGGAGGAGAGUUAAUGGAGGAAGAAAUAACUAUUAUAGGAGGGCAAACGCAAAUGCGCCAUCGUGGCAAAUCUGGCAAAAUAUAUAUCGGCAGAACUGACAAAACGACGGAUGUUAUAGUAGAAGAUGACGAUUACCACUACGAUGACCCUAAAAUACAUAUGUUUGAAACACCAAAGACCCUUGAAUACGGAGAAUCGUUGGGGGUAAAUUGCACAUAUGAUACCACUGGUGAAUACAAAACUGUAUUGUUUGGUAACGAUGUGAACGUGAAUGAAAUGUGUUCCGGAUACAUUUACUACUAUCCAAAGGACGGAUUAAACGGAUAUGCAUGCGUGGUGGUAAACAACAUAGACUCCUGUGAAAUGCGGAAGGAUACCAUUGCUGGGUGUGAGUGGCGGAAUCUUUAUAAUGAGUCGCACCCUGACACAAUGAAGGCAAUGAACAAUGUCACUACCAAGUGCGUGGUUGGCAAGUGUCUGCCGGAAUGUCAAAGCGUCGCGGAAUAUUACUCGAAACAUCCCUGUUAUUCCGGCGAGCUACGGGACUAUCAACUAUUAUAUGCAAUGCCCAGCAUGCAGGAUGUUGAAAUGAAUGCUAGACAACUCGACUUUUGGCUUCGAUUGCUUUCAUGUGACUCUUGCAAAGAAAACGGCAACAGUGCUGCGAUGUUCCAUCACGUCAGUGGCUUUAUUCUGUUAGUGCUGGCUUGUUUUUUUUAUUGCUUAGCAUGCAAUAAUGCUAGCAUUGCAGUCAGUCUCUCAUACUACGUCUUCAUAUAGUCUAAUAGUGAAUGUAUCAGGAAGAAAAACAAAAUGAAAAUAGAAUUAAACAAUAAAAAAUAAUUAUCCUAUCGAAUAUUUUUUGAGAUAUCAAAACGGAAUUAAUCAAAAACUUUACGAAAGUCUCCUAUACAUGAGGCGGCAUCGGACGGCUCAUGAAGCGUUUAAAAAUAACCCUAUAUCUCAAGAAAACCAUCCGCGAACUCCAACACUCACUUCUAUCGAAAACUGUGUUGAAAAAUAAAACUAUCAAGAAAAUAAUAAAGCCAAAGUAAAACAUUCAUCUUUGGAUAAUAAGAGCACCAAUUGGGUGAGCUCUAACGCGUACCUCUGAGGAAAACUGGCAAAAAGGCCGUACAAUGUUAGUCAAUUAUUAUCGAAUGAGUUGAAAUCAGCAAAUAAUACUGUUAUAACAUCGGUUCAAUUGUUUUUUGAAAAUACCAUGAACGCGAUCAGAGAGUCUAUUUGGAGGAAGUAUUUUUUUCAUUUUCCUUACAAUAGCUUUUUAGCAUAUCGCCUUAGGAUUCAGGUAAUAUGUACUAUUAAACAAUCAGGGAUUUAAAUAGUUUUGUUAAGAGAGCAUGCCGUAAUGCGAUAUCUAAAUAUGUACUUAAGCAGCUAAGCAACCAUUAAUUUACUACGGGAACAAAAUCAUCCACGUCUAAACACUAGCGUGAACGUGUGACACUGAUAAAAAUGCCAAAUGAACAUUUAUUCGUCCCACAUCUCACAUGUGUUACUGAAUAGUUAUGAGUCGGAUUUUGCAUACGUAAACCUAAUCAUUAUACAAGCAGCCUGCCCUUGGUUUUGUAGCUUUAUUUAUUUUGUGUGAAAUAAUGUUAAGCUUAAGCAUUCGAAAUACACACUCAAGUUCUGAUAUCAAAUCGCAUGGUAUGGACACCGUAAUUAAGAAGGAUUACGCAUUUCAAACUUAAUAUUUUGGUUCAUACACUAAUAAUGAUGUUAGCAGCUACGUCCUAUUUGCUAUUGCACAUACUGUUGUAAGCAAGGACAUGCAGGAGUACCGGCUAGGAGAUUAUUGCGUUAUUGACUACCUAACUAC